UUUUCUCGCUCUGUCUCUACCUCGCCCGCCAAAGUACGAUGAAGGUCAUCGUUGUGCCAGUACUGGAUGACAACUUCGCCUACUUGCUUUCCGAUGCAGCGGGCGUAACAGCAGCUGUUGAUCCGGCUGAGGCUGACAAGGUGCUCAAAGUGGCCAAUGACCAGGGACUGACGAUCAGCAAGGUACUCACCACGCACAAGCACCACGACCAUGCCGGGGGAAAUAAUGCCAUCGCCCGCCGAAUUACCGGACUGGAGAUCGUGGGGGGCGAAAUCGAUAGAGUCCAGGGCGCGACUCGCACGGUCAAGGAUGGGGACACACUCCGUGUGGGGGCAAUCACUGUCAAGUGCAUACACACGUCAGGGCACACCAUGGGUCACAUCUGCUACUACGCGACGGAGGGCGAGCAGAAGGCCGUCUUUACGGGCGACACUCUAUUCGUGGGCGGCGCGGGAAGGUUCUUCGAGGGUACGCCGGAGGAGAUGCAGCACUCGCUCUGCGGCAAGCUCGGAAAACUUCCUCCCGAAACGCUUGUGUACUGUGGGCACGAGUACACUUCGAGCAACUACUUGUUCGCCCAGAGUUUAGACCCGGAGAACGAAGUUCUAAAGCGAGAGGUUGCCGCUGCAUCAGAACGCCUCCGCAACGGCGAGCACACCGUGCCGUCAACAAUUGCGAAGGAGCUCGCAACUAACCCCUUCAUGCGAGCGCAUGAACCAUCGAUUCAAGCUCGGACAGGGCUCGGAGAUGGAGCGACGACCGCCGCGGUCUUGGGCAAGAUCCGAAGAAUGAAAAAUGCUUUCUGAGUUGAAAGAAUCUAUCGUUGAAGUUGGUCGCGUUGCGUUAAUGUUACGAACCAGCAAAGAGCACGGAACACUGGCGAGAAGCUGGCGAGAAUUCGCGCAAAUUCGCAGACCUCCGUCGGAGCCGAAACUGGCUGUUGCGUGGGUGACGGUGACGCAGCGAUGGAAUGCUGGAUCCGCGAAAUGCCCGCAAACGUUACCCUUGAUACUGGGAAAAUUGUGGGAAUUCAUGGUUUGCUAGCCAUCCGGGGCCAGCGGUCUUCAAGUCCUGUCGAGAAAUUGCGAGGAGGUCCUAAAGUUUUUGUGUUCGAGUUCAAUUGUUGUUGGAAAGUGUGAACAUGUGCAUAUUUCGGUUUGAAAUCGGUCGAUAUCUGGACUACGCUGUAGUCGUCGGGCCAUAGCCUUGCAUCGCGUCGCCCAGGCAGUCUGGGCCUUUUGACUAUGAUUGUUGUGGUAACUUCGGGGGCAUGCUUUGAGCUAUCCUUGGAUCUAAUUGGCGGAAGCCAUGUCGAUUGUAGCAUCAGUAGCAGCCCUUUCGUGGACGAGCCACACGCGUGGUCGGCAAGGCAUACAUUAGUGUUUGUGGACGGUCCAACAUUUCGGACAAGAUUUUGGAUGUAUAUGGUUACCAUUGCUACUUGUGCCAGCCCCUCUUUUUUUAUUGGGCAGAGUAACCUGCCGACAGAGAAAGGCACGGUAAUUGUACGCGGUCUUUGCUUGGUCCCGAAUGAAGAGUUCAAGUCGAGACGCGAAGCAGUGUUAUCGUUUGGCAGAUUUAAGGCCACACAAUGUGUAUCGACAUAUAGAACAUGGAACCGCAACGCCCGUUGUCUCGAGGCGACAUACAAGAUAUUGUAAAAGACACGCGUUCUUUCUGAAGCCAGCAGCCCUGAGCCCC